AUGGACAUCGGAAUAAUAUUUGAUGUCAUUACGAGCACCUCCGGUGAUGUAUUCAAUAUUCAAGAUUUUCGACAUGUCUUCUUAUGGGCACUGAUUGUUGGAAUUAUAUUGGCAUUCAUGUUGGGCUUCGGAAUGGGAGCAAACGACGUCUCGAAUGCGUUUGGUACAUCUGUUGGAAGCGGUGCGUUGACACUUAUACAAGCUUACAUUCUCGCAACAAUAUUUGAAACACUGGGAUCCGUUUUAGUUGGAUAUAAUGUGAUUGAUACAAUGCGAAAAGGAGUGGUGGAUGUGGGCCUCUACAACAACUCGGCCGGUGAAUUCCUUGUGGGACAAGUUGCGACUCUCGGAGGGUGUGCUUCAUGGCUCAUGAUAGCAACCUUCCUGAAUCUUCCAGUUUCGACAACACAUGCCAUUGUCGGCGCAACUCUUGGAUUCUCUAUUGCGUGUAAAGGACUCGAAGGAAUCAGAUGGAUGAAAGUAGUUGAUAUUGUUGCUUCCUGGUUUAUCUCUCCCUUAUUUGCUGGAAUUGUCUCGUUGAUUCUCUAUCUUUUCGUGGAUCAUAUGAUUCUUCGGACGUCUGAUCCUAUCAAAAAUGGUCUCGCGUGGCUCCCAGUAUUCUAUUUCGUAUGUCUCACGUUCAACACAUUUAUGAUAUCGUAUCAAGGCUCUCGAGUUCUCCAUUUAUCAACCGUCCCUAUUUGGAUUGCAUUGCUGAUCAGUUUUGGAAUUGGAAUAAUAUCAUCAAUUGUUUGCUACUUCAUUAUUAAUCCGAGGAUACGCAAAUUCGUUGAAGAAGGGAAACAGAAAGAUUUGCGAUCGGCUACAGUGGCCACUAUAGAAAGCUGUGAAGUGGCAAAAAGGAGCUGGUCAGAAUCGAGCCAAGAAACUGUUCCAAAAUUCAAAACCGAACCGACGACGUCUGUCGCAAAAUUUUUCCGUUGGUUGCUACCGGAUCAAAUGCGCAGAGAAAGUGCCGACACAUUGCGAAUGUUCACUUCUGUUCAAACUCUGACCGCUUGUUUCGCCGGUUUUGCACACGGAGCCAACGAUGUCUGUAAUGCGAUUGCCCCGCUAGUCGCCUUGAUCGCCGUGUAUCGCGACCACGACGUUUACCAGCAUAGCGAAACACCGAUAUACGUGCUUCUUUACGGUGUGCUCGCCAUUUGCAUUGGAUUGUGGUGCCUCGGACACAAGGUGAUUCGCACUGUGGGCACAAAAAUGUCGGAAGUGAAUCCAGCAUCGGGAUUCUGCAUCGAAUUCGGCGCGGCUGUCACAGCACUCAUCGCAUCCAAAUUAGGAAUGCCCAUCUCGACAACACACAGUCUUGUUGGAGCUGUAGUAGCUGUAGGAAGUGUCAAGAGUGGCAAGAAAAUCGAUUGGAGAAUUUUUCGAAGUGUUGCUCUCUCAUGGGUCGUCACACUUCCUGUUGCAGGAGGUCUCGCCGCGCUUUACGUCUGGCUUCUCAAAUUUGCAAUCCCCGAUCGUUACCGGUAA